AACCAUAGUGUGGCACUCACCAUAUGGUUCUGACGACACACCGUGAUUGAGACAUAAUUAUACAUUCACCGCGAUACCGAGUUUUGGAUGCCUUCCGACAUACCCCGCCGCCAGACUAAUUUUCUGAAAUAUCAUAGAUUGCCACUUGACCACUUCGAAUCAGCACUACCGACUCUCAAGGAAGAGUCCAGACAAUGCAUUCAGAAUUUACUCAGGUACCGUAGUCACCAUCCAACAGCGAAGUUUCCACGAACAAGAAGUGCAGCAGUACUGGUCCCAUUAUUCGUCGGACGUGCAGGAGAUCUCUAUGUGUUGCUCAGCCGGCGGUCAGCAGAGUUGAGAUCAUAUGCCGGAGACACAUCCCUCCCUGGCGGGAAGGUGGAGGCACAGGACAAGACUUUGGAGGAUACAGCAAGACGCGAGGCAUUCGAAGAGGUUGGAAUUGUUCAAGAUAAAGAAAAAGUGCCGCUAUUGUGUGUGAUGGAGCCAUUUCUGGCUGGAAACCAAACGAUAGUAACACCUGUCGUGGUCCUCAUCCUUGAUAAAACCCUUCAGCCCAUCCUUAAUGUAUCAGAGGUCGCGUCUAUCUUUUCGCAUCCUCUUGUUUCUUUUCUUUCCUCAGACCCUCCUUUCCCAUCCGAACCCGAAACUGUCGAGGUUUCAUAUCAUACUGCUAGAGAUCACACCUGGUCUAAACAUGGGAUUGUCCGUGUUCACAGCUUCCUCACAGGUCGCGAAGCAGGUGGCAUCAAACCUGUGUUCGGGCUGACUGCCAACAUUCUUAUACACACGGCCAUGGUCGGUUAUGCUCGUACUCCAGAUUUCGAAGUUCAACCGCCUAGCGCCCCAAGCAUGGCCAAGCAAAUUGCUCAUGCGAUACUAAGUGGUGGUGCGUUGCGUGCAGCUUAUGACGCAGAAGGGCUAGAUGCAGAGCGAGCUGUAAAAGACUUGUUAAGGAGAAGAUGGGUCCUUGGUGGAUUUAGCAAGGUGGGCCGAGAAAGAAGUUCAAGUAAGGGUUUAGGGCGAAGAGGUAGUAAAGGGGGUGGAAGUAAAGUCCAGAAGGGCGAUGGUGGAGGAUCUGGGAGCUGGGGAGACCCCAAACUAGUCGAGGAGUGGAAAGGACUUGGUAAGGAAUGGAUGGAGCUACUCGGCGAGAGACAGAAGCAGGACGCGGCAUCAAACAAAGUUAACAACGCCACGGGGCCUUCCACUAGCAAAGCUCAAAACGGUAGUAUCGAGGAGAAGAUUGAUAUGCGCAUAGAGUGGAUCAUGGAACAGGUGAAUAUCUAUAAAGCUUGGAUUGUAGAGCAGGAGCGACGAGGUGGUGAUGUGAGUAAGCCGGUGGAGAAGCUUCGCAAACAAAUUGAGAAGUCCAAUGCUUUGAUAAGAAAGAUACGUAUCAGUGCAGACGGAAGCGAGUCAGGUCAGGACGGUGGGGGUUCUUUUCCUAUGAUCGGGGGGAAAUCCAUGGAUGAUCUGGGCAGAUGUUUGGAAGCAACAAAGAACGGCGUGGAUGAAGAUCUAGAGAGGGGUAAAGAAGGCUCAAAGGCAGGCAACAGCGAGAGACAGAAGGGUCUAGGCAGAGGACUGGAGGAUAUAAGGAGCGGGUUUGAAGCGAUGAACAGCGCUGGGGACUUGGGCGGGCACGGUCGGUCAAAACAUGCGAGACGCAAGGAUACCGAGCAGCUUUCGUGGAAGAAAAGAGAUGCGAAACUUUGAAAUAAUUUUGUAACUAUACCCCCCGUGUUUGUCUCUCCUUCGUGUCAUUAUUUUAACCUCAUAAUGAAUACUAGUAAGCUGCUUCCAAGUA